AAUCGACGUUAUCAGACGAACCGAGACUUAUGCGUCACUUAACCUUAAAAAUAAACUUAUAUAUUAUUAAAUAUUCGUAGUUUUCUGACGUAAAAUGUACCCGUGAAUCGGUUUUGUCCAACAAUGACAGUUUCUACCGGUUUCGUGGUCGAUAAUGGGGCACAAAUUACCGCUACUUUCCUCGGUACCCUGGUGGCCAUAUCCGAUGGCAUGACCUACGGCUGGACCUCCCCGAUGAUCCCUUACUUCACCGGCCCCGACAGCCACAUCCCCAUGACCUCCUCACAGGCGGAAUUCAUGGAAACCAUCAACUUACUAGGAAGCGCCGCGGGUCUCCCUUUCGUGCUCUAUCUAGUAAACAAGAUUGGCCGCAAGAGGUCCAUGCUGGCCGCCUCGUUCUUGGCCGCCCUCUGUUGGACCACCCUCAUCUUCGCCCGCAACAAGGAAACCUUAUACGUAGCCAGAUUCUUUGCCGGAAUGGCUGGAGAUUUCUGCUUCGUAGCUGCCCCAAUGUACGUGGCAGAAAUCGCCCAUCAUAAAAUCCGAGGGUUCCUAUCCGCCUCCAUAUACCUGAUGAUGUUGCUGGGGGUGCUUUUGGUUUACACCACCGGGUCUUAUGCCCCAUACUACGUCCCCCCGAUCAUCGGGAUUAUUUUGACGGUGUCCCAAUGCGUGUUCUUUCCAUUCAUGCCGGAGUCUCCGUACUUUUAUGUUUACGUGGAUCGAGUGGAUGAGGCCAAGGAGGCCUUACUGAAGCUGCGUCAGAAGAAGUACUCCGAAGAGGAACUGGAGGACAUUAAGAGGUCGGUGGAGAGGCAAAAGACGGAAAGGGGGAAACCCCGGGACCUGGUGCUGGAUAAGAGCAACCGGGUCGCUCUGACAAUCAUGACUGUGCUGAACUUGGGGCAGCACUACUCGGGAAUCACCAUAAUGGUCAUGAACCUUCAUACAAUAUUAGACGAGGCUGGUUCUAAGUAUAUCGAGUCUGAUGUGGCGGCGAUUAUAUUCGCCGUGAUAAUGAUCGUCGGAGGAUCGACCGCUUCCGUGAUAAUCGACAGGUUCGGGAGGAAAUUCUUGCUGAUCGCCUCUGGAUUGAGCACGGGGGUGAUUCUGGCCAUAAUAACCGUCUAUUUCCAGCUAAAAAACACCGGAUAUGACGUGAGUGGGGUCAGCUGGAUUCCUGCUGUAGGCUGUAUGGUCUAUGCGGCCACUUUUAAGCUCGGACUGGGGCUAGUGCCUAUUGUAUUAACCGCAGAGAUCUUCCCCACGACCAUUAAAGCUAUCGGAAUGACUAUUGCGGAGGUAUGGUACAUUGCCGGUGCGGUGACCUCUGUGAACGUUUAUUCUUGGUUGUCAAACUCUUAUGGGAUCCACGUGCCUUUUUACAUAUUGAGCGUGUGCAGCUUCGGUAUUGUGGCUUUUAGUGUUUUUUAUGUUCCAGAGACCAAAGGGAAGACUUUGGAUGAGAUCCAGUUGAUGAUGAGGGGCGAGAGGGUCGAGAGGAAUGAAGAUGGAGAUUUGUAAUUUAGUGUAUAUAUAUUGGGGUACAGUACUGGGGGUUGUUUAUUUUAAAAUAUAUCCCUAAGGAUGAAGUUUGUAAAUAAAUGAAUGGACAAGUGACUAGUGGGUUAUAUUGUCAUGAGAAGGUUA